AUGAAUUUGAGACUGAAAAACUCUAACUAUAUGGUUGGUAACAAUGACCUCACUAGAUUGAGAAGAGCCCGACUUAUUUAACCGAGUCAACCUGAAUCUAAGUCUUUAGCCACUGUUAAAAUGAAUUUAUCUCCAGAACUGAAACCAAAAAAAUAGAAAACCAUUCAUCACGAUAGUGUCUAGGACGAAAACAUUCUCAAUUAGAAAUAAAUGGAAAAAAGCAAAAUUUAUUAAGCCAAAUUAUAAGAAUUAUUAAGUCUGAGGAAAAGCAGUCUAACUCCAUUAUUAAAAUAAUAAAUUAAUAGGCAACAAACGAUUAUUAAGCAUUAGCCUGAUUUUCUGAAAGACCAAGAUUUAUAUGGCAGAAUCAGAAGACAAAGCAUAGAAAAUCUAUAAACCUAAGAAAAAUCAAAGAAUUUUGUCUUAAAGUCCUCUUAGGAAUGCACUCAAAAAAAAAGAAUUUAGAAUAGCCAGAAAUCAGCCAAUUAUAUCAAUGGAGCACCCAUUCUCAAUAGAAGUGUUUCGCAAUUUACCUGUCUAACUCCAAAGAAAAAGGAAAACAAUUCUUUUAGUCUUUAAUAAAAGGAAUGCAUUAAGAGGUAAAAAUUUGAAAGUCUGAUCAACCUGUUCAUCAACAUAAAUAUAGAAAAUAUAGUUAUAGCCUUCAAUUCAAUCAAAAGCAAGGCACCAAUGUUACCAUUCAUCAAAGAACUAGAAAGGAGAAAAGAAGACUUCUAGUAAAAAAGGUUUUUUAUUUAAUUAGUUAAAGCGUAAUGA